AUGACUACCGUUGGGGCUCCCGUUAUCGCUCCCGCAGACGAUUGCGUGAAGGCCAGUGAUACUGACUCUUCUCUUGGCUUGCAGGAUGCCUCGUCAUCCACUGAGAGCUUGAGAAGCUCCAUUCUCGACUAUAGGCAGGAGAACGGCAGAACAUACCAUAAGUACAAGGAUGGCAAAUACAACCUCCCCAACGAUGACGAGGAAAGCGAAAGACUGGAUCUUCAGCAUAACCUUUGCCUCCUGACCUUUGACAACAAACUCGGUCUGAGCCCGCCUAACCUCCCUGGCUCAAAGGUCAAGCGUGUCCUUGAUGUAGGCACUGGCACCGGUAUCUGGGCCAUUGACUUUGGUGACGAGCACCCCGAUGCGACCGUCAUUGGCGUCGACCUUUCGCCGAUCCAGCCGAGCUUCGUCCCCCCCAACGUUCAGUUCGAGAUUGACGAUAUCGACGAGGAGUGGACCUACAGUGAGCCUUUUGAUUACAUCCACAGUAGAUUCAUGAACUUUAGCGUUCAGAACUGGCAAUCUUAUCUGGAAAAGAUCUUUAAGAACCUCGCCCCCGGCGGUUAUGUCGAGCUGCAGGAUGUAGACGUUAUCAUGGGCAGCGAUGACGGAACCCUGACUGAGGAUACUACCAUGUACAAGUGGUGUAGACUCCUAGACGAGGCAGCCGGAAAGUUCAACCGCUCUUUCGAAAGGACCACCAAGUUCAAGGAUCUGCUCAAGGAAGCCGGCUUCGUCGACAUUAUCGAGACUCGAUUCAAGUGGCCGUCUAACCGCUGGCCCAAGGACAAGAAGUUCAAGGAGCUCGGUGCUUGGAAUAAUGAGAAUGCCAGCUCUGCCCUCGAAGCUUUGACCAUGGCCCCUUUCACGAGAGGUCUGGGCUGGAGCCGUGAGGAGGUUGAGGUUUUCUUGACUGACUUGAGACGCGAUUGGAACGACCCCAAGAUUCACGCUUAUUGGCCAAUUUGCGCUGUCUAUGCUAGGAAGCCUGAGGCUUAG